UUAUUACAGUAUAUUUUUGUAUCGAAUCUCAACCAACCUCCCUCACUCCACCAUUUUCAAAAUUCACGAAAGAAAUCCAUUCAUUCACCACAAAUCGCUCUGAUUUUCUUCCGAUGCUCAAACAUUGCGACCGUGAACUCUCAACUCUGUGUUUUUGUUGCUUUUCAGCCGUCAAUAAGCACCAGUGAAUACUCGGAAUAAUUUGUCCCUCAAAUUGAUUUGCAUGCUUAUAAAGAUUUGAACAGCUCUCCACUAGCAAUGAUCUUGAUUUGAAUCUGUUGUGCUUUGGGCAUGGUUUGGAAGCCUCGGUAACUUUGCACGGAGAAUAAUUCAAGCAUUGUGCUGUUAUGUAAAAGUUGAUUUGCGUUACAUAUCCUGUAUUCGAGUCAUCUGAGUGAGGCCAAUCGUUAUACGAGUUAUGAGUUGCAACAAAGAUGAAGCCGUUAGAGCAAUGGAGAUUGCUGAGAAGAAGAUGGAAAUCAAAGAUUUCAUCGGGGCUCGUAAGUUAGCUCUCCGGGCUCAACAGCUAAAUCCUGAUGGGGAGAACAUUUCACAAAUGCUUAUGGUUUGUGAUGUGCAUUGUGCGGCAGAGAAGAAACUGUCUGGGAAUGAGAUGGAUUGGUACGGUAUUCUUCAGAUCGAGCAAACGGCAAAUGAGGCGACAAUUAGGAAGCAGUACCGGAAGUAUGCUCUUCUACUUCAUCCCGACAAAAACAAAUUUAUGGGUGCUGAAGCUGCUUUCAAGUUGGUUGGUGAAGCUCAGAGAAUUUUGUUGGACCAAGAGAAACGUCAAUUGCAUGAUAUGAGACGAAAACUGACAGUAUCGCAUCGAGCUCCACACAAAGCUGCUUCAACCUUUGAUGUUGGGGUUCAAGCUAACUUCAGAAACAACUUUACAAGAUUCAUUCCUCAACAUCAGCCCCCUCAACAGCAUGGACACUCGGGGUUCGGUCAUAAUCAUGCUACUUUUUGGACUGUCUGUCCAUUUUGUUCAGUGAGGUAUCACUACUAUAAAGAAGUGGUUAAUAGAUCACUUUGCUGUCAGAAUUGCAAGAAUCCCUUUGUUGCAUAUGAUAUGGAACUUCAAGGAUCUCACUCUCAACCCACGUAUAACUUCAACCAGUCAUCAUUUUUCCAGAAGAAGAAUUUCUUCAGUCACAGGGCGGAGACGGGACGCCCCAGAAACUCUCGGUCUGAGAAGUAUAGAGCAGAAUCUUUUCAGAGGACACGCAAAACUUCAGGUGGUGCUGUGGGAAAGUUCAAUACUAAGAAAAAAAGGAAGCAGAGUUCCGAAUCCAGUGACAGCUGUGAUACUGGAAGUAGCUCCGAGUCUGAAGAGAACGUCAUUACUGAUGAAGUUAGCAGAAAGGAUGUUGGACGCACUGGUGAGCAUCGUCCACGAAGAUCAAGUCGACACAAGCAAAAGAUUUCUUACAGUGAGAAUAUAAGUGACGACGACGACGACUUUGAGAUCACACCAAAAAAAUCAAGCAGAAGAGUACCAUCCGACACUUCGGAUGACGACAUUGAAGAAGUAUAUGUGGAUGAUAGGUCUGUUGAUGUGGAUAAUGAUCAGAGGGAAACAAAUGAGCCAGAAAAUAGUCGCACUGAAGGGAGUUCAUCACGGAGAAGCACGAGAAGUAAGAAGGCGAGCGAAAAAGAAACAGCAGAUAAGAAUGUUCCUCAGAGAAGAAUGAAGUCAGCUGGUGAUCCCGAGCCUAAAUUGCUCGAACGUCAUGAUCCUGAUUUCAAUGAUUUUGAUAAACUGCGUAAUCGGGACUGUUUUUCUCCCGGGCAGAUCUGGGCUAUGUAUCGUGAUAUUGAUACCAUGCCUCGAUUUUAUGCUCGGAUCGAUAGAGCAUUUCCUUCAGAAUUCAAGAUUCAAGUCACUUGGCUAGAGCCAGAAGCAACUGAUAAGAAAAUGCCAAUUUCCUGCGGUGAUUUUGUAUUUGGAGCAACUGAAACCAUGACAGAUUGUGGUUCGAUGUUUUCUCAUGCUGUUUCUUGGGACAAAGGCGGCCGUAAAGACAGUUUCAAGAUUUUUCCAAGAAGAGGGGAAACUUGGGCUCUCUUCAAGAACUGGGAUAAGAAUAGUCAAUGUGAUUCCAAUAGCAAAGCCGAAUAUGAGUUUGUCGAGACAUUAUCGGAAUAUACCGAAGAAGCUGGUAUUGACGUUGCACUCUUAGCUAAAGUGAAGGGGUUUUCGAGUCUCUUUGGUCAAAUGGUCGAUCAAGAAGGAAAAUCAUUUCGAAUCCCUGCAGAUGAAUUGUUCAGAUUUUCGCACAGGAUACCUUCGUUUCCACUCACAGGUGACGAACGAGAGGAUGUUCCAAAAGGUUCUUUCGAACUCGAUCCAGCUGCUCUUCCCCCCAAUAUUCCAGAGAUCGCCAUCCCCGAGCAUUUGAAAGAGAUGGCUGGCGAUACUGGUCACGACACAUUGAAGCCCACGAGGCGGCCUAAAUGCAGGGAGGCUACUGCUGAUGUUAAGAGUGAUCUCUCAUCUGAGAGCAAUGAUGAUUGCGCACAUGUAGCCUCGUCGGGUGAGGCUUACGAAAUUCCAGAUCCUGAAUUUCACAACUUCGACGUCGACAAAUCUUUUGACAAGUUUAAGAUUAAUCAAGUCUGGGCACUGUACAGCGACGAGGAUGCUUUGCCUAGAUAUUAUGGUCUGAUCAGGAAGAUAACCCGGGAACCGAAGUUCGAAGUGAAGUUGAUGUGGCUCGAGCCCUCUGCACUGCCAAGUGACGCUAUCGAAUGGGACGACAAAGAUAUGCUGAUUUCUUGUGGGAAAUUUAGACCUCAGAGGAGGACUAGCAUGCACUGCUGCAAUUCCACUGGCUCCUUUUCACAUCUGGUUAAAACUAAUUCUUCUUCAAAGAAUGAGAUUUCCAUCUCUCCUAGAAAUGGUGAAGUUUGGGCAUUGUAUAAGAACUGGACUCCAGAAUUCAGAUGUUCAGAUUUGGAUAAACGUGUAUAUGAUAUAGCAGAAGUCAUUGACGAGGACGAUUUGCAAAAGGAAGUUAUGGUCUUGGAACGUGUGGAUGGUUAUAACUCGGUCUUCAAGGCUCGAGCCAAAAACGAUGGCUCAAUGCUCACUAUGGUAAUCACCCAGGCCGAGCUUCUACGAUUCUCCCAUCAGAUUCCUGCUUUUCGGUUGACAGAUGAGCGGGGUGGUAGCUUGAGAGGUUGCUUGGAACUUGAUCCCGCUGCUUUACCGGUAUAUUUUUUUUCUUGACUCGGUUUCGGCUAAAACGCUGUAGGCCACAAUUCCUAAUAACCCCAACUGAGCCAUCGUGCCGAAAACCAAACCGUUUUCGGUGAAGCCUUGGCAAACCGAAGCUCAUGUAGAUGAGGUCUGAGGAGUAUUCACACUGGAAACACCAUGUUUCUUAUGUUUCACUUCAAAGGACGUGCCUGGAUCUUAUCUUGAGCUGUCUGGCUUUGGGAGAAAGCUCGUAAUAUUGGGUUUGUGCAAAAUUUUUCAUUUUAUUGUUGAGAAUUACCCUUGAUUUUGGUGUAUGUAGCUAGCUAGACUCAUUUUUGUAAGGAAAAGAUGAAUUUCUUCAUC